GGCUCGGGCGGUGAGACCGCGUUCCGCCGCCACGUUCCGCCCUUCCGGCAAGGAGUUCCAUCUACUCCCUCCGCGUUCCGCCCCGCGCCGGCCGUCGGCGCGUCGGAGUCCGCGUUCCAUCGUCUUGCGGCCCUUGCGGCGCCGGACCCCGCAAUGUCGGGCCCCAACGGGGACCUGGGCGUGCCGGUGGAGGCGGGCGCGGAAGGCGAAGAUGACGGCUUUGGGGAAGCAGAAUACGCCGCCAUCAACUCCAUGUUGGACCAGAUCAACUCCUGUCUGGACCACUUGGAGGAGAAGAAUGACCACCUCCACGCCCGCCUCCAGGAGCUGCUCGAGUCCAACCGGCAGACGCGCCUUGAGUUCCAGCAGCAGCUUGGGGAGGCCUCCAGCGAUGCCAGCCCCUAGGUUCCGGGAACCCCUAACCAGGCCCAACCCUGCCUUCCUGGGCCAGGUCUGGCCCGGUCACUCACCACCUGACUUGGGUCCCCUCUUAAGGGCUGGCCUGCAGGUCCCCUGGUGGGUCUGCCUGUCUGAGCCAUCCUCUUGGCACUCCCCUUGGCCUACCUAGGUCAGCCACCACUGCCCGGCAACCCCUCCUGGGGUCAGGUGUGGGCCUACAACCCACCCACCUUGCCUGCCUAGCCAAUUCCAGGACACUCCUCCUCCACCUGAGCCUUGAGGGUCCACAUUAAACGGGUCUCUCCAACGCCA